UUACGUAUGUCUUCUAGCAGCAAUAAUUUAACUGAGCGAUUACGACAACAUUUAGCAUCGCCUGCACGAAACGAUACGACCGGAACAAGAAAUUCCGAAACUGUUGAACGGUCAAUGUCUAAAGGAGUUCUUAAGUUGAUUCAAAAGAAGGAAAGAAAUGCCGGGUAUCAUCGUAUUUCUAACUUGGAUUCUGAAUCGACAGAUCCUCAUUGCAUUUUUCAUUUAUACGGG